AUGGACGGGGAGUGGCCUCAAUACAACUGUGUUGUGCACAAUGAUCUUGACCCCUUCAUGACAAGUGAACACAACCACCUACUGCAGCACGCCCAUGGUGAUGAGACAUAUGGUCUACUUGGAGCCACUGCCAACGUGGGAAUGAUUGAUAAUACCAACGUUGUUGCUGGAAACCAAGGAAACAACAAUGGAGAAACCUACAGUGAGCAGAGGAUGCAGCCAAGGCAUACCAACUAUCACCGUCUCCGCAGAGAACAGAUCCAACAACUUGAAGCUGUCUUCCGGGAAAUCCCUUAUCCUGAUGAGAAACUCCGGAAGACCCUUAGUGAGAGGCUUGGCAUGAGUGCCCAACAGGUCAAGUUCUGGUUCCAAAACCAUCGCCGCAACAGUAAG